AUGAGAAAAAUUGAGGCUGCACCUUCCAGAACUCUGGUAGUAGUGUUUCCUACCUUGGAAGAGGAACUAACCACAAACGAACACAAGCAGUGCCGCAGAGGCCGAAAGAAUUCAAUCCUUCCUGACCUUGCUCCAGGAGACAACCAAAAUCAGAGUCAAAAAACAGCAGCUAAAGGUAGUUCGCUAAAGGCCACGAAUACGUUGCGCUUCAAUGUUACGGACACCACUGACCUUACCGACGACCUCAGCGGAGAAUCUGCAGACUGCAUAGAGGCUGUGAGUAAUGACUGUUUUGGCGAAAUUACCGUGCUCACGCCCUACCGGGUGUCACGUGCCAGCUUACUGAGUUAA